CUUGUGUGGUGUCCAUCACCUCAGAUGCCUCACCAUCCCUGAAACUACGCGACGCCCACCACAUGUGAUCAGCCCCUUAAGCUGCUUUCACCUCACCUCGAAUGUUUGCCAUGCCGAUAAUCCCAGCGGGGUGUCUGUAUAAAGGAGCCUCUUGUUCAGGGCAAAAGGGAGGAAUGCUCUUCCAUAAGAAAAUUAGGGAGUUGACAGAGAUGUAAAGCCAAAGGUUUCCAAGAUUGCUUUUGUUUGGCCAAAUAUUGUGAGGUUUUGGGGUUGUUUUUGGAGGUCCUGGUGUUUAAAGUUAGUUAUUCAGCAGGUGGUCUGGUAGCAGCUGUAAAUAGAAAAGCAGCUUCUGUCCCCAGCCAGCUAUUGGCAUUUUAGAUUUUUUUGUUUCUUCUCCAGUCCUUGCUUACUCCUGUUUUAGCAAAUGUAACAGCAGAAUCAAGUCCCAUCCUGGGAUGAAAACCUGCAAGUUCAUCAGCCAAGAUGGAGCUUCAGUUUUGGCCUGAUUUGGUGUCUCUCUUGAAAAAGCUGAACGGUUGGAUGCUCUUGGUGGUUCUGGUCAUGUCUCUUUUGAUUAUUGACCUUGUGAAAAAGAGACGACCCAGGAAUUUCCCUCCAGGGCCGCAGCUCUUUCCUCUCGUGGGAACCUUUGUGGACUUUAAGCAGCCCCUCCAUCUUGCACUGCAGAAGCUUACAGGUCAGUAUGGGAACAUCUUCAGCGUGCAGUUUGGAAGUCUGACAUUCGUGGUGGUCCAUGGGUACCAGAUGGUGAGAGAAGCUCUUGUCCACCAGGCUGAAAUAUUUGCUGAUCGGCCAAAUAUUCCACUCCUCCAAGAAAUAUUUAGAGGCUUUGGGCUGAUAUCAUCCAAUGGGCACAUAUGGAGGCAGCAGAGAAAGUUUGCUUUAGCAACACUGAAAAGCCUUGCUGUAAAUUUUGAGGAAAAAGUGCAAGAGGAGAGUCGGUACCUCGUGGAGACAAUUGAGGAGGAGAAAGGACAACCCUUUGACCCUCAUUACAAAAUUAAUAGUGCUGUUUCCAACAUCAUCUGUUCCAUAACUUUUGGGAACCGCUUUGACUACCAUGACAACCGUUUCCAGGAACUGCUGCACUCCCUGGCUGAAACGCUGCUGCUCAUUGGAAGUUUCUGGGGCCAGCUUUAUAAUGCUUUUCCCUUGAUCAUGAGAUGGUUGCCAGGGCCCUUCAGGAAAAUCUUCAGGCACUGGGAGAAACUUCGAUAUUUUGUGAAAGGCGUGAUUGCAAAGCACAAGGAGGAUUUGGACCAGUCCGAGGCAGGAGAUUACAUUGACUGUUACCUGAAGGAAAUAGAAAAGUUUAAGGGUGACACCAGCUCCUAUUUCCAUGAGGAAAACCUGCUGUGCUCCACCUUGGAUCUGUUCUUAACUGGGACUGAGACAACAGCGACCGCCAUCCGCUGGGCUCUGCUCUACAUGGCCGCUUACCCCCACAUUCAGGAGAAAGUGCAGCAGGAGAUUGACGCCGUGGUUGGGCAGUGCCGGCAGCCCUCGAUGGCCGACAAGGAGAAGAUGCCCUACACCAGCGCCGUGCUGAGCGAGGUCCUGCGCAUGGGCAACGUGGUGCCACUGGGGGUGCCCCGCAUGGCCACCAGCGACACCACCCUGGCUGGCUUCCACCUGCCCAAAGGCACCACCCUGAUGACCAGCCUGACUUCGAUAAUGUUCGACAAAAACGUGUGGGAGACUCCAGACACCUUUAAUCCUGAACAUUUCCUGGAAAACGGCCAGUACAGGAGGCGGGAGGCUUUUCUGCCCUUCUCUGCAGGCAAGAGGGCUUGUCCCGGGGAGCAGCUCGCCAGGACCGAGCUCUUCAUUUUCUUUGUAGCCCUGCUGCAGAAGUUCACCUUCCAGGCCCCAGCAGCGGCCGCGCUGUCCUUCGCCUUCACGCUCAGCCUCACGCGCUGCCCCAAACCCUUCCAGCUCUGCGCCGUGCCCCGAGACUGAGCCGGGCCUGGGGCUGCCCCAGACCCCCACUGCAGCCUCACAAACUGGGAAAAUCCCUUCUCCUCACCACACCAGAGAUUCUGGGCUGAAAUGAUGGGCCCUGGAGGUCCAGCACCUGCCAGCAUCUGGGUGGCAGGGGAAGGGCACAAGGGCCUUGUCCUGCACACUGCAACGAACACAACCCUUGUGGCUCUUCCCUUCACCUCAUGCCUGCUCCCCGCUACCAAUCUGACAAAAUACAUGGAUUUAAAAGCCUUAUUACCUAAUUCCCACUGUCAGCAAUUCCCAGUAAGGUGUCUGCCAGCUGCAAAAGCAUGGCUUUUCCACAGGGAAUAUGUCCAUCACCCAGAGAUCACUUAGCAGCCCCUAAUGCUGCAGCACCCAAAUAGCGAAGGGCUCCUGAGGGGUCCCUGCUCAGAGGGAGCAGCUGGCCUUGCACACAAGCUCUGGACUUGUGGCUCAGCAUUGGAAUUUCAGUGGCCACAGGCAGUCCCCAGCCUCAGGUGGGUUUGGGCUCAGUGUGGUGGACACUCCCUGCAGCACCACAUUGCUGCUGUCUGAUGGAAAUCACAGAAUCAAGGAACAGUUUGGCUGGAAAGGGA